ACAUCUGUGCCUCCACCACCACACGGCAGAUUCUCGUCUUCGUUUAUGAAUAGCAGACAGGCACGAGUAUAAAUACUCGGUUCCUGUGGCCGCCGUGCGCGACACAGUAAUGUGUUUUGUAAUAUUUUCAGGUCAGGGCUGCAUUCAAGGUGGCCUUUCUGCGUUCCCCUCUCACCCCAUAGCCGGCGGAUGGAUGCCCACACCUCUUUCUCCCAGCAAAGGUGGGUCGAGCUAACGGGAGCCCGUGCCUGGCGACCGCAAGGCCUCCGUGCAGGGCUCUAGGGAAGGGGAGUCCUCGCCGCCAACGGCUCCGCGAGGCGCAGGCCGGGUGGUUCCACUGCAGAAGGACAAUAGCUCAUCAAGCCCCACGAAAGCCCCCGGACCCGUCGCGGAGCCUGGGCUGGCGGGGGAUGAGGCUGAGCGACUCCUCCUAGAGGUGGUUAUGUGGAGAAGGAGCAAUCCCUUCUCCCUCCUCCUCCUCCCCCCGCUACUAUCCGCGGCCCGGAGAACUGCCGCUUGCCGCCAUUGACACGCACAGAUACAACCCCAAGAAAGGCAGCGUCCUGUCCGGCACCGGCGGCACGCGGGCCGGACCUGCGGCCGGGAUUGGCGCGCACUAGGCCACCGGGCGCCCGGAGCCCGCGGCGCAGCACCAGUGUUGCAUAAGUGCCAGGAGGCCAUUUUGUCAGCAAGCUGAGAGGAAAACUGAGGCAAGAUGUCAGGCCGGAGUGGGAAGAAGAAAAUGUCCAAGCUGUCCCGGUCAGCCAGGGCUGGUGUCAUCUUUCCAGUAGGGCGGUUGAUGCGGUACCUGAAGAAAGGGACAUUCAAGUACAGGAUCAGCGUCGGAGCGCCCGUUUACAUGGCUGCUGUCAUUGAGUACCUGGCAGCGGAAAUCCUAGAGUUGGCCGGGAAUGCUGCAAGGGACAACAAGAAGGCCCGGAUAGCCCCCAGGCACAUCCUGCUGGCUGUGGCCAACGAUGAGGAGCUCAACCAGCUGCUGAAGGGAGUGACCAUUGCCAGUGGGGGUGUCCUGCCUCGAAUUCACCCUGAACUGCUGGCCAAAAAGCGAGGGACCAAAGGCAAGUCAGAAACGAUCCUCUCCCCACCCCCAGAGAAAAGAGGAAGGAAGGCGGCAUCAGGCAAGAAGGGGGGCAAGAAAUCCAAGGCCACCAAGCCACGGUCAUCCAAGAAGUCCAAACCAAAGGACAGCGAUAAAGAAGGAACAUCCAAUUCCACCUCUGAAGAUGGCCCGGGGGAUGGCUUCACCAUCCUGUCUUCGAAGAGCCUCGUUCUGGGGCAGAAGCUAUCCCUGACCCAAAGUGACAUCAGCCAUAUUGGCUCCAUGAGGGUGGAGGGCAUUGUCCACCCAACCACAGCCGAAAUAGACCUCAAGGAAGAGAUAGGUAAAGCCUUGGAAAAGGCUGGGGGUAAAGAGUUCUUGGAGACAGUAAAGGAGCUUCGCAAAUCCCAAGGCCCUUUGGAAGUUGCUGAAGCUGCCGUCAGCCAAUCCAGUGGACUCGCUGCCAAGUUUGUCAUCCAUUGUCACAUCCCCCAGUGGGGCUCCGACAAAUGUGAAGAACAGCUGGAAGAGACCAUCAAAAACUGCCUGUCCGCAGCUGAGGACAAGAAGCUUAAGUCCGUCGCCUUCCCGCCUUUCCCCAGCGGCAGGAACUGCUUUCCCAAACAGACGGCCGCCCAGGUGACCCUCAAGGCCAUCUCGGCCCACUUCGACGACUCGAGCGCAUCCUCUCUGAAGAAUGUGUACUUCCUGCUCUUUGACAGCGAGAGCAUCGGCAUCUAUGUGCAGGAGAUGGCCAAACUGGACACCAAGUAGCUCUCUGGCGGGGACAGAGGAGGACCAAUGUCACGUCACGAGAGCAGGGGGGUUAUUUUUCAAAGGAUUGAGGAAGGGUGACAUGACAGGGGAGCAGAGGGCGGCUGAGAGGGUGUCUGAGCAGCGGAACAGGUCCUGCCUGCCUGGGGAAGAGGCCCAGUGCAUUUUAUAUUCUCUUUACAAAGGGCCACUUCCGCACUUGGCCAGGUCUCCACCAGGGGUUUCUUUCCAUGUGUUUUCUUCCUGUUGUUUUAGAACUUUUUUUAAAAAAACAAACAAACAUAAAAAUAGACCUUGUUUAGAUUUAUAGCAUUGACUUUUAUUCUCUCUCUCUCUCUCUCUCUCUCUUUACACACACACACACACACACACACACACAUACACACACAAAUCCUUUCAAAGUUCUUAAGGCUUUGGUUCCUCCUUUUUCCAAGUGAAGAGGAUGUGACAGCCAAACUUGGGUAUACUGGCUGUCCCCCUCAGUGGAGAGAAGAUGGGAAAGACAUCUUGGGGUGCUUUUCUGUUCUAGGGUCCCGUCUCUGACCCUUAAAAUAUUUGUAAUUACACCUAAAAGGGUUUUGCUUUGGGAUUUUUUUUGUUUGUUCGGUUUUGUUUUUUAAAGAAAAAGAAAAAUGAAAGAAAAAAUAAAAGAGCCAGUGUCUUUCUUAUAACAUAUCCCUUUAUUGCAAUAUUUCUUCCUCUUGGGAAACUGUGUCCCACAGGUAGAUUCUUCCAGAGUGUUGUAAAGAAACAGCACAAGUCCUGUCACUGAUGAGUCUCACCAUGGUCUGUAAAGUCAGACAGCAGCAUGGCAGCUUUCUGCAGAUAGUUGAUCCUGUGCCCACAGACGGUGAGCCUGCUGGCUCGUGUCCACAACAGCAGAGCCAGGACAAAGCUGCCGAUGGCUCUUCAGUAUCUGGGAGAGAGACUCAAGUCUCAACUGUGUAACAGAUCUUAGCCACAGCCCAAAUGGGGAUGGGCUGGAAGCACCAGAGAGGCUGGUAUAACAUGGACUCAACUUCCUUUAACCAGAGGCCAAGGCCAAAAACAAGCGGAAAGAGGCAGGGUUUGGAGAGGCAUGUCUGAAUCCACUGAAGUCUCGUCUGCCAUAGACAUUCAGCUUAGGCCACGCACAAGGACUCCUCCCUGCUGGACAAGCUCACAUGGAUAGCGAAGUCAUUCAUAUAUGUUAGCAGUCUAUAGCAGACAUGAUGGCCAGGGAGGGCCCAAGUGACAGGAGCUGGCAGAAAAUCAGCAGCAUGGCUCCAACCCCCAGCAGCAGCCUGUUGGUAACCUCGAAAUCACUAGGAAUCAUUCACAGAUGCCCCUCUGAACUCUGAAGAGCAAGAAGCCAGGACCCUCCCCCAGUCACAGGUCCCCAUCCUAGGAUUCUAGGAUUCUGCAGCGGUGGCAAACCUCAUUCUAGCAGAGUGUACACCUCACUCUGCUGGAACGGUGUCUGAGUGACGGUCCUCACAGCCAAGCAACCACCAUUCUGGGGAAUUCAGCUGCUGCCCAUUUUUAAAGGAUUGUCCCAACUGCCCUUGUUGACUUUUUAUCAGCUCGUGGGGUGGUGGGGAGGACCAGGAGACCCUCCCCUGUGUAUCCAGCAGCGGCCUACCACUUGUAUCAACUCUGCCUUAAUUGCACUGCGUGUAGCCUCAGGAGGGGCUAGGGCACACAGGCCAGGGAGGGCUAGGAGAGGCGCUCCAUACUGCUGCCUGCUAUCAAUGAAGCCCUCACCCCUGCUGGUUAAAGCUUCCCAGUUUGGCGGGUUGUGGGAGAAGCACAGCCCUCAUCAAUACUACGUAAGGAAAUCCAAUAAACUCAUGGGUUCCAAGGAGUAGGUUGACAGAACUCUGCCUCAGUUUGUCAUUGAGACCUUAGGAGAAGGGGCAAAUGUUGCUUACAUCUCCCCACUGGGAAGAAAUUCCAGCAACUAAAAAAGAAUUUUGUCUGACUCUUUGUAAAUGUACCUAUGACCUACAGUCAAUCGAAUAUGGAGAUAAAGAUUCAUGAAGGUUAAAGAGCGUCCCAAGGUACUAGAAAAGCUGAGGCAGGAGCAUUACUUGAGUUCAGGAGUUCAAGGCCAAUCUCAAUAAUGUAGAUAGACAAUGUCUAGGAAGAGGAGAGAGAGAGAGA